AUGGCGUUGUCUGCGAGCUACUCGAAGUGGGACAAGCUCGUGGUCGAAGAGGACCAUUCGUGGGAGGACCCCAUGAGUAUGCCGGUGUGCUCGGAGAUACCGUGGCAGCAGGUGACGCCCUUGAUGAACAAGAUGCUCCACGAGGAGUACGCCGCCGAGGAUGCGGCGCUCGGGCCCGCCCCUACGAGGAGGGCCAGGACCGACCCCAUGGCGCAGCCGCCUCGGCUGGUGUCGCCGCCCCCGUCGACGCCCGCACCCCCAGACAUCUUCCGCUGUGGCUUUUCAAUCUGCGGUUCCGACCCCCUCCCCUGGGGGUAG